UCGAUCAUGACACUAUCUGUGGCCUCCACAAUGCGGUGCACUGGCGCCGUUAACUAUUGGAGAAUGUCGGUAGGUCCAGAAUGUCUUUCCUUAUCAGGAUUGGACUUCCUCCCCGCCGCUCAAACUAUCCAGUCCUCCCGUGUUUCAUACACGCUUCCUGGAGGAUAACCACAGCCGUCCUACGGAGCAAGCAAGCCGGAGAGGUAGAAUGAGGUAUACUUAUCUAUGUGAAGGAACAUGAACAUGGACCCUUGAACUCAAGAAAUGACAACACCCCCCCGGCACAAUCUAGUAACAUUUUUUUAGUUUUUAUCUGUUUUGUUUGGUUUUCCAUCUCUGUCUUUGAUGGAAAACAACUAAUUAUGUGGCAUUUUUCAUUCAGAUGACACUUAGCAACGCGGUCCAUGUCCAAUUCUAUCUCACUACUGUAAAGCCUGCUUGUCUCUUGAAGAGUGAUAUUUAAAUUCUACCUUGACACACCUUUCUCCUGCCUCCACAUAUCUCUCAUUUCUGUGGAAGAUCGGGACGUUUGACGUCAGCACUUACCACACAAUAUUCCACUGCAAUCUAGUGCUAAUUAAAUUGCUAUAGCCUCCUUGCAAGACCAAGGUGUGUUCAUUUUUGUCUGAUUCAUAGUUAAGAUUUGUUGUAUUUUAUGUUAUUUAAACUCUUGUUUGACAUGUAGCCGUCAUUUCUAAGCUGCACUUUAUUGAUAAAUAUCAAGAUCAUUUCAAACUGUAAUUUAAGCAUAUCUUUGAGUUAUGUAUAUUUUUUUUAUCUUUAGGAGUAUAUAUAUUCUGUUUUAAUUUUAAACUGGAAAAGUAUAUUGUUUUUGUUUACAAGCCUCAUCUGUCUAUCAUUCCGAAAUGGACAAAUCUAGAAUCUGAUAGCAUUUAAGGACAAGGCAGACAUAAUCUGGAAUUGACAGAUCUAAGAUCUAUCCUUGUCUUCGGCAUUUGCAUUGUGAAGGCUGGUGUUUUCCAUUGUUUUUAUCCUUUCCUCUGUUGACACACUAAAGAGAAGAAUCUCCAUCUGAAGGCCAGUGGGAUCGUACAAUACUCCUUUGAGUGCAGAUGGAUUUCACAUGUCAAACUCAGAGGUGCUUUUGUGGCGUUGCCUUUGCAAUUCAAGCACUGAAGUGGAAGAAUGAUUUUAAGGAGGUUUCAGGGAUAAAUAACUUGUGUUUUAGUUUUUAAGACAGACAGCAUCAGAUCCUAAGGAGAGGUGCUUCUAUUUGAUUCUCCUUUAAGGUGGCCAUCAGUCGCCGAAAUGAACUGACAUGUGUAUCACUACCUGAAUUUAAAUAGACUUAUUCCAUCCAACAAACUUCCAACUGCAUGAAACACUCACACACCGUCCACCUGUCAGGAAACAGACCUUACCUACCCUAAACCUGAGGGUUGGAAGUCCGCUCCCCGUCAAGCCCGCCACACUAAGGAUGCGUUCCCCAGAGCCCCCCAUCCCAUCCCCAGCUGAGGCGCUACUCCACUGCCAGUUCGGGGGCUGGGGAACGGGCAGCAGCUGCAACAACAGCUGCCCCAACAGCCCUGGAGGUCCUGGGGGUCUGUCAUCCCCUUCUCCCUCCCCCAGCCCCUCUCCUGCCUCCAGCUAUGCCUUGACCCUCACCCCCUCUCACAUCCACGUCCAGCGCCUGGCCCCCCGCCCUGGUAAAGAGGCACGUCUAAUACUACCCCUGUCAGAGCUGGCAGGGUGCAGCUGUCCCCGCGCCCCUGCUCCCCCCUUGCUGGUUCUAUACUGGUAUCCCCCGGGGAGGCGGAGGAAGGGGGUGUCCAGGAGGAGGCAGGUGAGGGUGUACCUGGCUGAGGCCAGGGUGGAGGCUGAGAGGUGGUCCACUGCUAUACAAUGUCUGCUCAGGGGAGUCGCCAUCACUGCUGACACGGAAAUUGGCAAACGUCUACUGCCCCGUCCCCGAAGGCUGCUGCUAUUGGUGAACCCCUUCAGUGGGAGAGGCCAGGCUAUGCAGUGGUGUCAGACACACAUCCUGCCAAUGAUCAGAGAGGCUAACAUCAGCUACAACCUGAUACAGACAGAGCGACAGAACCAUGCCAGAGAGUUGAUCAAAGAGAUCUCCCUGCCUCAGUGGGACGGCAUCAUCAUCGUCUCUGGAGAUGGCCUGCUGCACGAGGUGAUCAAUGGUUUGAUGGAGCGUCCAGACUGGGAACUCGCAAUAAAGACACCUGUAGGUAUCCUUCCCUGUGGCUCUGGAAAUGCCCUGGCUGGCUCCAUCAACCACCAUGCAGGUUAUGACAUGUGCCUUCGGGAGCCUCUCCUCCUCAACUGCUGUUUUCAGCUCUGCCGUGGCGGAGUCAAGCCCAUGGAUUUGGUCUCUGUGACAACCAGCCCCGCCCCUUCUCAAAGUGGCCGCCCGGGUCUUCCCAGAAGGAUGUUCUCCUUCCUGUCUGUGGCCUGGGGCUUUGUGUCUGACGUGGACAUCGAGAGUGAGAGGUACCGGGGUCUGGGGUCGGCACGGUUCACCCUGGGCACUCUGGUCCGCCUGGCCUCCCUGCGCUCCUAUAAGGGCCGUCUGUCCUACCUGCCCCCCUCCAUAGUCGCCACAUCCCCAGACGCCAUCCCUCCGCCCCUGCGCAGACCCCUGUCCCGCAGCAUCACUGAGGGCCUGGAGGGCUUCUGCCACACCCCCAUCCAACGCACCAGCUCUGACAUGGGCCUCAGCGAACAGAGGAGUCUGAGGAGGGUAGACACGGAGAGGGAGAUGGAGAGGCAGAGAGAGAGGGAGAGGAGGAGGGAGAGGGCCAGGGGAGGGGGAACGGGGGUGGUCAGGGCAAGUAGCUUGGCAGAAGAUAGAGAGAGAGAGAUGGAGGGUGAGGUGGGGAGGUCAGGGACAAGUUCGGAGAGAUCUGGGACGAGUUCGGAGUCGAACGAAAGGGAAGAUUGCAGGAUGGGAAGGGAGGAUGGGAUGACGGGGAACAUGGAAGAAACGCCAGAUGAGGAAAGAGAAGACGGAACGAUGGAGCAGGACUCAGGGGUGAUAGAGGAUAUAGAGGAGAGAGUGAGGAAUGGAGAAGGUAGCAGCGGCUCAAUGGAUGGAGUGAUGGAAGCGAAGGAGGUUGGAGAGGGGUACGGGGUGGACAUGGGGCGAGAGGCCAACGAGGACCCAGAGGGGUGUUACUCGUACCCUGACAACCUCCAGCAGACCAGACUGGCUCUAAGGAAGAACUCUGCCCCUUCCAGCCAGAUAGCUAACGCCUUCUUUAGCCAGCCCCUCAGCCAGGAGGCUGACCCCGUGUCUGGAGCCUCGUACAGGGCAGAAGAGAUGGAUCUGAACGGAACAUAUUUCCAGAAAGAAGCUUACCCACUGGAUAUCGCCCGGGAGAGAGCCCUCACCAUAUCCUCUCCCUUCAGACACUCUCCUUUCUCCUUCAAGCCCAAAUCCCUGGACCAGAACGCAUCCCGCCCCAGACCCCUAUCCCUCCUCCACCACCCCCACUCCAACUCCCUACCUCCUAAACUCCCCUCCCUGUCCCUCUCCCUCUCUCCCACGCCCCCUUCCUCCCCGUCCUGCGCCUCCCCUCACUCCUCUUCCUACCUCGUUCCGCGCCCCAACACACCCAACUCUACUUCCCCGCCUCUCCAGUCCCCCUCCUUUACCUUUGACAUUGCAGAGCCUGCUGGAUCCCUCAAGAACCGCCCCCCGUCUCACUCCCUUUCAACCCCCCAGGAUGACCUCCUGCCCCCCUUGGACCAGGCCCUGCCGACCCGGGACUGGGUGACCAUCGAGGGGGACUUUGUGCUUGUGCUGGCCAUCUACCAGUCCCAUCUCGGGGCAGACCUCCACGCCGCCCCCCAAGCCAGGUUUGACGAUGGGCUGAUCCACCUGACAUUUGUGCGGGCAGGGAUCUCCAGAGCCACCCUGCUCCGUCUGUUCCUGGCCAUGGAGAGGGGGGCACACCUGUCUCUCAGCUCCCCCUAUGUGAGCCACGUCCCAGCCAGGGCCUUCAGGCUGCAGCCCCUCUCCCCACGAGGAACACUCACUGUGGACGGGGAACUGGUGCCAUACGGCCCGCUGCAGGCACAGGUCCAUCCCUCUAUGUCCCGGCUCAUUGUCGGCGACUCUGGAGUGAAGAUCACCCGAUUCUGACAAGGGAUUGGCUGACCAGAUCAGCUGAUACGGCGCUCUCUGCAACUAUAUAAUCUCUGUUCCCAUCUACGUUCACAGAGAAAGGGGAGAAAAAAAGCCUCAGACUGAAAAUAGAGCGAAUAAUUUCUGGUGUUUAAUGGAAGGGAUCACCUGCUGAGCAGAGCGGCGGUGCAGGACGCAAGCCGAGGGAUUAAUAGAGGAUUUUAAAAACGGAUGAAAACGAGCUUUGUUGCACAGCUGUUGGAUUACACUCCGUUUAUCCUGAGAAGCCUGUACCUGCAUAGCCAUGGGAGCAAAUUAGGGGGGACAAGUUGAAUGUGUAUGGGGGAGUGUGUAUUCGGUGCAUGUGUGUAGUGUAUACAUUCUAGUAUGCACAAAUGGCAUGUAGAGAUGCACAUUUCCUGACCUUGCCUUACAGAGUUCAGAUUUCUUUGUUCUCUAUCAAAACUGUCCUAGAACAGUUCUAGAACUUCUUCAGAGGGAGCCACACCCUCAUGCAAAUGUAGAUCCCCUUCCGUAUUGGAACCACUGUCCUUUCCUGUAAUGCCUUAAAGUACAACUCCUGUGACUUUGCCCUUUCAGUCUUAUAUAAGAAGCCUAAACCUGCGACAACGCAAAACUCCAUUCACCAGAGGCUGGUGGGAGGAGCUAUAGGAGGACGGGCUCAUUGUAAAGACUGAAAUGGAAUGGUAUCAAACCCAUACAAAACCACAUGUUUGACUCUGUUCUAUUUAUUCCAUUCCAGCCAUGACAAUGAGCCUGUCCUCAUAUAGCUUCUCCCACCAGCCUCCUCUGCCAUCCAGGUAUAUCAGAAGGGACCAUCCACUACAGGAAAAACAAAGCAAAGCUGAUGAGCAUACUGUGGUGUUAAGUUUGUAUUGGUGUGUAUGUAAUAUCUGUGCACAAAGGAAGUUAAUUAGCAAUCUCAUGGAGACGAUUACUCCUAGAAUAAACCAGUAAAGUUAGAUCAACACUGAAAUAAAUAUAAAUCUCAUUGA